UUAAUAAAAUAUGAUAAUAAAGAAGUCAAUAUUCAAAGUUAAAUUAAUGCACUUAACGUCUCUAUAUUAGAGAAAAAGGCAACAACAUGGCAAGGAAUCUUUACCAGUGACGUCGCACAGAGGAGUAUUCAAAUCAAAAACCCGGUCAUAAGUCCAAAACUCAAUAUAAUAUAUAACCGUAAAUAAAACAUUUUUGCGAUAACAGGAAUAGUUGGCGAGGCAAAAAAAACAAUUGUUUUGAAAACAAUGUAAAUUGUUUUUUUGGCAACGCAAGCAAGUGGCAGGUAAGGAACUAAAAUUGAAUUUAUAGUUCAUUUAGUAGUGCUGCUAAGUUAGGAUUUUAAAGUCCGUUCGUGCUUUUGUAUAAAGUAAUAUUAUAUUUUAAGAAUUAUGGAGGGGAAUCGUGAUGAGAUUAUUAAAAAGGACUUCAAAAGAAGAUCGCUAUAUGAAAUUAUGAAAGAAUGCAACGAACAGACUAUUGCUGAUAGAAUUUUAUAUUUAGAAAAAAAACUGAAAUUCAUCACAAAAUGUCCUGAAUAUGAAAAUUCUUAUUUUCAAAGAAGUUUAGGCAAUUUUAAAAGCGAAUUAAAGAAAAAAUGGGAAAACGCUUCAAGAAAAGAGGACCGUUUUUUAGCAACUAACGAACAGUGGCUUAAUGGGUCGGUUAGCCUAAUUAUGUGGGAAAACAUAACUCCAAAAGCGGGUAGACCACCAAAGGAAUUUGGGGAUCUAAGUGAACGCAGUAAGCGACGUAAAACCCAAGAUUUAAGAGCGCAAGCAUCCUCUGUUGAGCUUACGUAUACUGCCCAAAUGAGUCAACGAAGUGACGGAAACAUUGACGUAUCUAAAAUUAUAAAGGAUAUUACCUUAACUCCUACCAGGGCUUCAAAAAUUAGAAAAGUCAUUUCUUCUUUACAAAAAUGUAUUGUUAAAAAACACAGUCCGUCUCAGGCUCUUUCAAUUUUUGUCGAAGCUGAUCUUACAAGAAAACAGUAUGAAAUUAUUCAGAUUUGCAACAAAAACAUCUAUCCUUGCUACUCACUUAUACAAACUGCAAAAAAAGAUUGUUAUUCGAAGGAAGAAGCAAUAUGUGUCACCGAAGUAUGUGCGGAAAUUAAGUUGCAGGAGCUACUGGACCAUACGUGUGAACGUUUAUGCAAAUAUUUAGAAGAAGUUUUAGAUAGUUUUUCUGAAACAGAAACUGAGUUAGAACUUUUAUGUAAGUGGGGAUGUGAUGGGUCUCAUCAAUCCCAAUUUAAGCAAAAAUUUGAAACUGGAGUUCCAGCAAGUGAUUCUCAUAUUUUUCAAAGCUCGUUUGUUCCUUUAAGAUUAGUAACUUCUAACAAAGAUAGAAAAAUUAUUUGGUAAAAUCCUGUACCUUCAUCCACAAGAUAUUGCAGACCUAUUCGCAUUAGAUUUCUUCACGAGUCAAAUGAUAUAACAAAUGAAGAAAUCAAUUACGUCGAAAGCCAAGCUUCAAAUUUGAAUAAAACUAUAAUAAAAACUCCUUUAGGGUCUACUUUUAAAAUUUCUCAUACUCUCGUUCCUACUAUGGUAGAUGGAAAAGUAUGUUUGGCCGCAACAAAUACGGCUUCUACAAUGAGAUGCUACCUUUGCGGAGAAACUUCAAAAAACUUUAAUAAAUUGGAAAAUUUAAAAGAAGUUAAACCUGAUGCUCUUAGGUUUGGUUUGUCUGUUCUUCAUGCCAGAAUAAGAUGCUUUGAGUCACUUCUUCACGUGUCUUAUAAAUUACCAGUAAAAAAGUGGCAAAUUCGAAGUUUCGAAGAAAAGACAAUAAUAGCAGAACCAAAACGCAAAAUUCAAGAAGGUUUUAAAGAAGAAUUAGGUCUGUUAGUUGAUAUCCCUAAGGCAGGUUUUGGGAAUACGAAUGAUGGGAACACAUCAAGAAGAUUUUUUGAAAACCCAGAAAUAUCUUCGCGAAUUACUGGAAUUAAUAUAGAGUUAAUUUUAAGAGUAAAAGUUGUUUUAGAGGCAAUUUCUAGUGGCCAUGCUAUAAAUGUGGAAAAAUUUGCUUUCUAUACAAGAAAAACAGCUGAGCUUUAUGUCGAACUAUAUGGCUGGUACCCAAUGUUACCAACAUUACACAAAAUUUUGCUGCAUGGUGCUACAGUAAUCUCACAUGCAAUUUUGCCUAUAGGCCAGCUAUCUGAAGAGGCUGCUGAGGCAAGAAAUAAGCAUUUUCGCUUAUAUAGGCAAAAUUUUUCUCGGAAAUUUACAAAAAUAGAUACGAAUAGAGAUAUUCUUAAUAGACUUCUACUAACCUCUGAUCCCUAUCUCUCUAGCAUAAGAGAAAAAAGACAAAAAAAAAGUAACAUUAGGUUCGCUUGUUUCAGAGAUUCCAGAUAAUUCAUUAUCAGAUUAUAAUAAUAUUGAUGACAAAUAUGAAAAACAAGAUGAUGUAGUGAAUUUAGAAAUAAGUUCGGAUGAGGAUUAGGUUUAUUUUCAUGUUUGUUUACAUGAGUUUUUUGUAUGUGCGCAUAUUGUGUUACAAAACGUUUCGUUUAGUUUAGAUUUAAAUAAAAAAAAUCACCUUAUAGUUUUCAUUAUUAUUAAUAUACAGUGUAUCUACAUAAGUUCACACAGUUAUAUUCAUAUAAUUAUAGGAAACUUUUUUAUUUUAAAAAACAAGUAAUAAAAAAAAGUCCGGCAUUAAAGUUUUUUAAGUUUCUUGCAUUAUGGUGCA